UUUGUGUGUGUGUGUGAAAUCAAACGGGUGACCAGGUUAAUCGGACACACACGCUCGCAGCACGAAACAGGCCCUAUAUUUGAUUGGACGCUUGUAUCAUAAUGACAGCAGAAGACUCUGCCUCUGCCGUCGCCAUGAGUAACCCCAGUCCCUCCUCCAAUUCUAAGUCUGCCCCCGCGCACUCCCUUCACCACAGCCCUUCCAAAGUCCCAGAGGGUGUGGCUGGGGCUCCAAACGAAGCAGCACUAUUGGCUCUGAUGGAACGGACAGGCUACGGAAUGGUGCAAGAAAACGGGCAGCGAAAAUAUGGCCCGCCCCCUGGCUGGCAAGGCCCGCCCCCUCCGCGCGGAUGCGAGAUCUUCGUAGGGAAAAUCCCGCGGGACGUCUACGAGGAUGAGCUGGUGCCGGUUUUCGAGACGGUCGGCCGGAUCUACGAGAUGCGAUUGAUGAUGGACUUUGACGGCAAGAACCGCGGCUACGCCUUCGUCAUGUACACACAGAAACACGAGGCCAAACGUGCCGUACGGGAGCUCAAUAACUACGAGGUUCGACCAGGGAGGCUGCUGGGAGUCUGCGGAAGCGUGGACAACUGUCGCCUCUUCAUCGGAGGGAUCCCCAAAACCAAGAAACGAGAGGAGAUCCUCGAGGAGGUUUCCAAGGUCACCGAAGGCGUCCUGGACGUGAUCGUGUACGCAAGCGCUGCUGAUAAGAUGAAGAAUCGUGGCUUUGCCUUUGUAGAGUAUGAAUCCCAUAGAGCUGCUGCCAUGGCAAGACGGAAACUCAUGCCUGGGCGCAUACAGCUGUGGGGUCACCAGAUCGCAGUGGACUGGGCAGAACCUGAGAUCGACGUUGAUGAAGACAUCAUGGAAACGGUGAAGAUCCUCUACGUGAGGAAUCUGAUGAUGGAGACCAGCGAGGAGACCUUGCGCCAGACUUUCAGCCAGUUCAAUCCUGGCUGCGUCGAACGAGUUAAAAAGAUCCGAGACUAUGCCUUCGUCCACUUCAUCAGCCGAGACGACGCCGUAGUGGCCAUGGAGAACCUUAACGGUACGGAGAUCGAAGGCUCCUGCAUCGAGGUGACCCUGGCUAAACCGGUCGAUAAAGAGCAAUACACAAGAUACCAGAAAGCCGCCAAAGGCUCUGCUGCUGCUGCUGCGCCAAGCGACAGCACACAACAAAGCUACGUCUAUCAGUGUGACCCAUAUACACUGACCUAUUACGGAUACCCCUACAACACACUCAUCGGACCUAACCGGGAUUACUUUGUGAAAGCAGGUUCUGUAAGAGGGCGUGGUCGUGCAGGGGCUGGUAAUAGGGGCCUGGGGCCACGGGGCUCUUACCUGGGUGGUUACUCUGCUGGCAGAGGCAUUUACAGCAGGUACCAUGAAGGCAAGACCAAACUACCGGAAAAACCCUACGAGCUAAUGCCUAGCCUGGAACUGGCAGCAGUCAAUCCAGUUGGCAUCAAACCAGGCACAAUGGCCUUACCAACUCUGGGUGCACAGUAUCCAGUGUUUUCAGCACCACCUCCAACUGCUAAGCUGAUGGAGGAGGGGAAGAUGCCCUCGGUGGAGCAUCUGAUAAACCCAAUCGCGCUACAACACGAACACACCGCUGCUCCUGCCACUGCUGCAGUUAUUCCUGCUGUUUCAACACCUCCACCCUUCCAGGGUCGUCCUAUCACUCCUGUGUACGCCAUGGCGCAUAACGUGCAGCGUAUCCCCGCGGCCGCCAGUCUCUAUGGCACUGGAUACGUGCCCAUUGCUGCUCACGCCAACACGGCCGCAUUGGCGGCGCUGCAGAAGAACGCAGCCGUGGCCGCGGCGGCCUACGGGGGCUACGCCGGCUACGUCCCCCAAGCUUUCCCCGCCGCCACUUUCCAGGUGCCUAUUCACGACGUCUACCAGACCUACUGACCCG